UUAGCUUUCAAUCGAUGCGUCGAAAUGUUGUAUAUCAAGCGAUACUUGGAAAUAGCCAUCGGGCUUUCGGUUUUCGGACUGACAAUGGCUACAAAUGUUCUGCCCCAUGGCUGGAAUUUGAAACUGGAACAAAUACGUCUACUGCAGUUCUCGGCGACUUUGGUGCAGAUCUUUGGAGUAUUGCGUGCACAUAAACAGCAUAAAAAUAAGUUUCUGCUCUGCUGGCUGGUUGUCACCUCGGUCAGCCUAGUCGCUACGCUCUAUGCUGGCUUGAGGGAGCUCACGGAUCGUAAUUCUAUUCUCGGGGCGGCAUUAGCUUGGUCCCUUGCAGUUUUUGUAGCUGCUUUGCUGAACAUCAUGUACAAUCGUUAUGUGGAAAUGACUAUAGGAGCCGCAGAAACGGACACGGAAAUCCUUCAGACCAUUCAGACGCCGGUAUUUGAGACAAAAAAAACGGCAAAUAAUUUUAUUUAAGUCUGAGAAAUAAAUGUUUAGGUAACUACGCAGCAGCUUUUAUUUAGCUCACGUAUAUUAUUGAAUGUAUUCAAAUUGUCAUUAGUUAUUAAAAUAAAGCUGCCUUAAAAGAG